AUGUCCUCAGCCACAACAAGGGUGCAGACUCUGCGCGGUCUGAUUCAGCUCCUCGUGAACACGUCCGAGCUGGUCAUCAAGGAAUGGGAAACGGAGGAACAGCAGCCAGCCACCCACGAGUCCCAGGUAAUCCCUGCUAGUGGGUUGCCUCCGCACGAGCUUUUCGAGGCGCAGCGCGUCAUUCGCGCGGCAUGUGGCAUGUGGAUGGAUUUAGUCGAAGAUCCUCGUAUACGCCUGCUGGAGAUCUCGCUAUCCUACGCAUUUUCCCAGGCUCUCGAUACCACCGUGCGCGCUGGUGUCCCCGACAUACUAGCGGAGGCAGAGUCGCCCAGUGACGGGAUCUCAGCUGCGGAACUCUGCCGACGUACGGGGAUCGAUGAGCACAAGCUUGUGAGGCUGAUGCGGAUGCUCUGUAACGGUGGCAUCUACAACGAGGUCAAACCCUUGCAAUUCAGUAACACGCGUGUCAGUCGCGUUCUCGCGGAUAAUGCAGCCGCAAAAGCAUGCAGCAGUGUCUACAGCACAAAGCUGAUCGUCGAGGCUGUUGAGCACUUGCCUGCAACGUUGCUUGACCCCGAGAUGACCUACUCUACGUCCCCCAAGGAGACCGCAUUUCAAAAGGCACACAAGACAACGGGGACGCUGUGGGACUAUAUCGAGAAGGGAGACACGUCUGACCCUGCCGUUCUGGAAGUCCGUGAGAUGUUUCCGUUGGCCAUGGUUGGUGAAGGCCAGAUGUGCUCACCGUCGCUCAUCGCCGACUUCCCGUGGGGAGAUCUUGGCGAAGCUACCGUCGUAGAUGUCGGGGGCGGCGUAGGCAGUAUGUGCCUUGAACUCGCCAAGAUGUUUCCUCGUCUUCGCUUUGUGGUCGAGGAUCUCCCGGUCUCCAUCGAGAAAGCGAAGUCGAUCUGGAACACCGAGGUCCCAGGUGCUAUCGAGGCCGGGCGCACGCAGCUCAUCACACACGACUUCUUCCACGAACAGCCCGUGAAGAACGCAGCGGUGUAUUUUCUGCGUUAUAUCCUACACGACUGGCCGGACGACGCAUGCGUCCUGAUCCUGAGCGAGUUACGAGAGGCCAUGGGCUCGGACUCACGUAUCCUCGUCGCGGAUAUGAUCAUCCAUCCUCCUCUCGGCUCGAGACACCUCAAGUCCGCUCCAGCGCCCCUCCCCGCGAACUACGGUCGUGCGGACGCAUUCAAGAGCAUGCACGACAUGGUGAUGCUCUCCGUGUUCAACGGUAGCGAGCGAACCCCUGGACAGCUUGGUGUGAUUGCGGAAAGAGCGGGGCUUACGAUAGAGAAGAUAUGGGAGUGUCGGGGGCCCGUUAGCAUCACUGAGUUGCGACUACUGUAA